GCAGUUGUGAGUCUGUGCUGGGAGUGGGGAACGCUCGGGCGUGCGGGAGCGCGGUGACUGCUAGGCUAUAGUCGGAGCUCCAAAGGGAGUGACUAGAGACCCCGGUGGGCAGCUUUCCUUCGGGUGCUUUUUGAAUUUUCUUUCCUUUUGGUCCCAGCCGAGUGUCGCCCACUGAGCAGAGAUCCCCUCGCAAAACCCGGAGCGACCCUCAGUCAAUUGUUGGGGGCGCGAUCGUUGGGAGCUUCGCGGUGCCUGGAGCGCGGACCGACCGCGCAAAUCGCGAAGGAAAGGAGAGUGAAGCCGGCCGCGGGCAGGGGCCCGGCGCUUGCCUGCCUCUUUCGUUCGCCCUAGCGGGUCCGCUUGCGCAGGGCGCAGGGCGCGCGCGAUGAAGGCGGUGAGCCCGGUGCGCCCCUCGGGCCGCAAGGCGCCGUCGGGCUGCGGCGGCGGGGAGCUGGCGCUGCGCUGCCUGGCCGAGCACGGCCACAGCCUGGGCGGCUCGGCGGCUGCGGCGGCGGCUGCUGCGGCCGCACGCUGCAAGGCGGCCGAGGCGGCGGCCGAGGAGCCAGCGCUCUGCCUGCAGUGCGAUAUGAACGACUGCUACAGCCGCCUACGAAGGCUGGUGCCCACCAUCCCGCCCAACAAGAAAGUCAGCAAAGUGGAGAUCCUGCAGCACGUUAUCGACUACAUCCUGGACCUGCAGCUGGCCCUGGAGACGCACCCGGCUCUGCUGAGGCAGCCGCCCCCGCCGGCGCCACCGCACCACUCGGCCGGGACCUGUCCGGCAGCGCCGCCACGGACCCCGCUCACAGCGCUCAACACCGACCCGGCCGGCGCGGUGAACAAGCAGGGCGACAGCAUUCUGUGCCGCUGAGCCGCGCUGUCCAGGUGUGCGGUCGCCUGAGCCCGAGCCAGGAGACUAGAGAGGGAGGGGGAAGAGCAGAACUUAGAGCAAAAAGGCACCGGAGGAAAGGAGAAAACAUCAGCAAAUCCUAGAAACGUUUUCACCCGUCAUUCCAAGAGCGAAAGGAAAGAAAAAUAAAACUUUCAUCUUUUGGGGGUUUGUUUUGCACGUUCAUAAGCAGUCUACAUCCAUAUUCUCUUUUGUCUCUUCAUUUAUAACCGCUGUGAAUUGUACAUUUCUGUGUUUUUUGAGGUGCAGUUAAACUUUUAAGCUUAAGUGUAACAGGACUGAUAAAUAGAAGAUCAAGAGUAAAUACGACUUUAGAAGCCUACUUGUGACCAAGGAGCUCAAUUUUUUGUUUUGAAGCUUUACUAAUAUACCAGAGCAUUGUAGAUAUUUUUUUUUUUUACAUCUAUUGUUUAAAAUAGAUGAUUAAAACGGGGCAGGGAACUUUCUUUUCCCUGCAAGAAUGUUACAUAUUGUAUAGAUAACUGAGUGACAUUUCAUACAUGUAUAUAUAGAGAUGUUCUAUAAGUGUGAGAAAGUAUAUGCUUUAAUAGACUACUGUAAUUAAGAUAUUUUUAAUUAAAUAUUUUUUGUAAAUAUGUGUCUUUUUUAAAUCUAUGGAAUUAUUUCUUUUGAAAAAUUAUUUUUCAGCUCAAUUGCAGAGCUCUUGAUAUCUUGAAUGUCUUUCUGUUUGGCUUGGCUUUUAAUUUGUUUUUGUUUUGCAAAGUACCGUGUAGAAUCGGAAGUAACAGUUAUAGCUAGAGGUCCUGCAUGACUGCAUGAAAUGUUUAAUCACAAAAUAAACUUGUCCUGAGUCCAUUCCAAUGUCUUUUCUUUAACCUAGAUCGAAAUCUUUGUAUUUGAAGCAUACAUGUUGGAGAAAUACCAGUUUUUAAGUACAGGGUUCGCUAGUGUAAUACAUAAAGAGUUGGUGUUUGUUGUUUGUUUUUUGAUUGAAGUCAACGUGGAUUCUGAAUGAUUUUGCAUAUGGGAUGGGGAAAUGCUUGGAUCCUUAAGGAGUUUAUGAAAUCUACUGUUUUAUCAAAGUGAAAAAAAAUGCUUAUCAUUCUUCAUUUUACACUAAAGCCUAAUGUUACUGAAGUUUCAUGUUUGUACAGAUUAUUUAAAAUCAUAGAAAUGAAAAAUGUUCUCUGCUUGCUACCAAAGGACAACCUCUUGGAAAUGAACACUUUCUGCUUUCCUUCCUCCAAAGAAUAUUAAUAGGCAACAGUGAGAGAGAAAAGAAAAAGGCAUAGUGGCAAAUCCUUCAAGCAGGGAUAAAAGUUGAUCUUCAAACAUUAACUUAAGUAGACCAAAAAUUCUGAUGACCACAUCUAGAUUAUUUUUUUAUAAAAAUGAUUUUCACUAUAGCUAUGUUAGUUACUGGUAAACUACUGUCCAAUCUCUUGUGAUGUGUAACUUUUACAUGUGAAUAUUAAAGUAGAUUUAUCUGUC